GCCUAUCAGUGCCAGUUAGUGCCGCCUAACAGUGCCAUGCUGCAUUUCAGUGCCCAUCAGUGAUGCCUGUCAAUGCCCAUCAGUGUCACCUACCAGUGCCUCAUCAGUGCCACCUAUCAGUGUCCAUCAGUGCAUCUUAUAAGUGCCCAUCACUACAGCCUCAUUAGCGUACAUCAGUGAAGGAAAAAAUCACUUAUUUACAAAAUUUUAUAACA